UAUCCAUUCCACACCCUGUUAUAACUCGUUUUACUUCUUUACUUGCGUUUGUCUUCGUUCAUACUCUUCACUCACUCUCAGUCUCUAACAAAUGAUAGAUUCAAUAAUCAGAUCUCAGUUUUCUUCAAUGUUUCUUCUCUAACAGUCAAUCUCCCCAAAACCCUCCAAAUCUUUGUAGAGCCCUUCUUCAUUUUUGUCUUUCUCUCUAGGUUUUCUGUAACUUUUUCAAAAAUGACUUCAUUAAAAUCAUCAAAAGCUUCAAAAUUCACAAAUCCAUCACCCCCACCACCCCCACCACCAUUAUCAUCACCAGUAUUAACAUCAACAACAAGAUCACCAUCUUCUCUAUCUACACAUUUCGCCAUGAUUGAACUAAAACAGAAAAUCUUAACCUCAAUCUCAAAGCUAUCUGACCGCGAUACUCAUCAAAUAGCAGUUGAAGAUUUAGAAAAAAUCAUUCAAUCUCUUUCAACUGAUACUAUUCCAAUGUUUUUCAAUUGUCUUUAUGAUUCCAUUAAUGACCCUAAACCUGCUGUUAAGAAAGAAUCAUUACGUCUUCUUUCUCUGAUUUGUACUUGUCAUCCAGAUUCAGCAUCAACUCAUCUUACCAAAGUCAUUUCUCACAUUGUUAAGAAACUUAAAGAUUCAGAUUCCAGUGUUAGGGAAUCUUGUCGUGAUUCAAUUGGAACAUUAUCUUCUCAAUAUUUAAGAGGAGGAGAUAAUGAUAAUGGUAAUUUUGUUUCUGUCCUUUUGUUGUUUGUUAAGCCUUUGUUUGAGGCUAUGAAUGAUCAGACAAAAACAGUUCAAGCUGGUUCAGCUGCUUGUUUGGCGAAAAUGGUUGAGUCUGCUAUUGAUCCCCCAAUUGCUGCAUUUCAGAAGCUUUGCCCUAGAGUUUGCAAGUACUUAAACAGUCAGAAUUUUCUGGCUAAGGCGUCACUCUUGCCUGUUGUGGCAAGUUUAUCCCAGGUAGGAUCCAUUGCGCCACAAAGCUUGCCAACGUUUCUCCAAAGCAUUCAUGAAUGCCUCGAGAGUAGUGAUUGGGCAACACGUAAAGCAGCAGCUGACACAUUGAGUGCUUUAGCAUCUCAUUCAAGCCAUUUGAUUGCCAAAAAUACAUCUUCCACUCUAACUGUACUUGAGGCCUGCCGUUUUGAUAAGGUGAAACCCGUAAGGGAGAGCAUGGCAGAGGCAUUAUUAUUGUGGAAGAAAAUUGGGGAAAAGGGAGAGAAUGGAGCUUCUGAUGACUUGGAUGCUGACAAAAAAAUUUCACAAUGUACCAACUCAGCGGAGAAGACAAACCAAAAGAAGACAUUUGCAGAUUUCAGAAGAGAGGAAUUGGCGAAGGAUGCAGAAGUUUCUACUUCUCCCGCAUCUGAUUCUCUUUCCAAAGCCAAGCCUAACUGCAUAUCAGACAAAGCUGUUGGGAUAUUGAAGAAAAAAGCACCAGCCUUAACUGAGAAAGAAUUGAACCCAGAAUUUUUUCAGAAACUUGAAACAAGGGUUUCAGGAGAUUUGCCGGUUGAAGUGGUGGUACCACGCAGAUGUCUUAACUCUUCUGAUUCUCAAGGUGAAGAAGAUUCAGAGCAAAAUGAUCCGGAUCCUAGGGAAAGAACAAGUCAUGAUGGGAAUGGCGAGUUUGAUGAUGUUAACAGAUUUACCAAUGAUAAAUAUCGUAGGAAUGAGAGAGGAGCUGAUGAUUUUGCACGAGAUAAGUGGACAGAACAGAGAGUAUUUAGGGCAAAAGACCCCAGAGGGAGAGCUUCUGACAUUGAUGAUAGCGUGGGAAAAAGCAAUCGGAGGGACUUAGCUGUUGUUCAUAAUGGCUCCUCCAGACCCGAUGGUCAUACUGAAGGAUCCUUCAUGGAUAGCAAAGGAAAUUGGUUAGCCAUUCAAAGGCAGUUAUUACAGCUUGAAAGACAACAAGCUCAUCUUAUGAACAUGUUGGAGGACUUCAUGGGUGGAUCUCAUGAUAGCAUGAUAACUCUAGAGAACAGAGUACGGGGUCUUGAAAGAGUUGUCGAAGAAAUGGCAAGGGAAUUAGCAUUGUCAUCAGCCAAAAGAGGUAGCAAUUUUAUGGCUGGAAUGGACGGAUCCUCUAACAGGUCCUUGGGCAAGUAUAACAACCUUCCUGAUUAUUCAAGAGGGUUCCUAUCUUCUGAUGGUAAUCAUACAACAGGAUCAAGGUCGAGGGACUCGCAUUGGCGAUCUGACAUCUCCGAAACUUACAACACAUCAAGAAACUUUCAUUUGGGUUCUAGAAGAGCUCUUGGUAGUGUGUCAAAUGACGGACGGUUACCUAGACAGGAACAAGAUUCUGAUCAAGCUGGGAACAGAAGGGGGUGGGAAAAGGGUAUAGGACAAUUUAGGCUUGGCGAGGGACCUUCUGCAAGAAGCGUUUGGCAAGCUUCGAAGGAUGAAGCAACUCUUGAAGCCAUUCGAGUAGCUGGCGAAGAAAAUGGACCAUCUCGUGUAGCACCACGAAUAGCACCACAAGUUGCUCCAAGAAUUGCCGUCCGAGAAUUAGAUAGAGAACCCAUGGGAGAGGAUGGUGCAACACAGGAAGAAAAUCCAAUCUGGGCUGCUUGGGGAAAUGCAAUGGAUGCAGUUCAUGUGGGGGACCUGGAUACAGCUUAUGCUGAACUUUUGUCUGCUGGAGAUGAUGAGUUGCUCAUAAAGCUUAUGGACAGAUCAGGCCCUGUACUUGAUCAGCUCUCUACUGAAAUAGCCAGUGACGUUUUGCAUGCCAUAGGACAGUUUGUCCUGACACCAAACUUGUUCGACUUAGGUUUAUCCUGGAUUCAGCAGGUGGCCGAUCUAGUAAUGGAGAGUGGUCCAGAUGUGCUGGGAAUUUCUACAGAGACCAAGAGAGAGCUGCUCUUGAAUUUACAAGAGGCUUCUUCGUCCAUUGACCUACCUGAAGACUGGGAAGGUGCAAUGCCUGAUCAACUGGUUUCACAAUUAGCAUCAAUUUGGGAACUUUGAUUUUUUUUUUCUUUCUUCUUCUUCAUUUUGCGUUAGGUCUUAUUGUGUGACGCUGUGUAUUUGUUGUGCUGUAAUAUAUUUAUCCUUCUAUCUGUUUUUACACUUUUUUUUUUGGGUUCACUUGGAUCUACCACGUACAUAAUCUUUGGGAUGAACCAGCAAUUUUUUUU